UUGACAAUUCUUUGACAGCAGUGACAUUUUGACAGAAAAUAUGUUUUUUUGAUGAUGAUGUGUGCCCCCGCCGGUUAAUUCAAGUGUUAAUACCCACAUUCAGUCCCAAAUCACGUAUUUAAGUCUCCACAUUCCGCAAUGUCGAAUUUACGGUUAGUUUUAAUUCUGCUCGUCGUUUGUUUCUCAUGGGGGCACGAGCACGGCCACUCACAUGAUGAAGCCCCCUCAUUCAAGUACUCGAAAGCCGCUAACGAAAAGUACCAACCCCCCGAACCUCAACAUCACACUACUACCUCCGAACUAUGGCUGCAAGCCAUGGGGUCGACGCUCCUCAUCAGUGCAGCCCCCUUCUUCAUCCUAUUUUGCGUGCCGCUUGACAGCACCGACCGGGAACAGCCUCUCCUGAAAGUCCUACUGGCGUUCGCGUCCGGGGGGCUGCUGGGCGACGCCUUCUUGCAUUUAAUCCCGCACGCGGCUAUGUCAGUCGACAGCCCCCAUUCGCACUCACAUUCCCACGAUCACGAACACGGGCACGACAUGUCAGUGGGGCUGUGGGUGUUGGCUGGUAUCGUCACGUUCCUCUUGGUGGAGAAAAUCGUGAGGAUUGCCAAAGGGGGCCACGGGCACAGCCACCACAAGAAGAACGAUGAGAAGAAGGAGAAAGCCAAGUCGGGGGGCGACAAGGCAAAGAAAGUCGAGCCAAAGGAAAUUAAAGUGGCGGGUUAUUUGAAUUUAGCCGCCGAUUUUAGUCACAAUUUCACCGAUGGUUUGGCAAUAGGGUCGAGUUAUUUGGCGGGGAAUACCGUAGGGUUGGUUACAACGAUCACGAUUUUACUACAUGAGGUCCCGCAUGAAAUUGGGGACUUUGCCAUUCUGCUCCAGUCGGGGGUGUCGAGGAAAAAUGCGAUGUUGUUGCAAUUGACUACUGCUCUGGGGGCGCUGUUGGGGACUGCGAUUUCGCUUCUGGCGCAAAACAGCCUCAUGGCCACCCAGUGGAUCCUCCCCUUCACGGCCGGGGGCUUUAUUUACAUAGCGUUGGUGUCUGUGAUUCCUGAAUUGUUAGAUGAAGAGAAACCCAGUUUUAAACAGACUGUUUUCCAAGUGGCUGCCCUGUUAGGGGGAGUGUUUAUGAUGGUUUUGAUCGCAGAGUAUGAAUGAAUACCUAAAUAUGUAACGGUUUUAUUGUUUCCUUUGUACUUAGAGUACGCCUUUACAAUAAAUAUUAUUUUCCUAAAACCAAUUUAAUUUGGUCAAAA